GGCCAGCAGCGAACUGCAUUUCCCACAAUCCCAAGCGAGGGGCACUCCGGAAGAGGAGCUCCUUUCGUUUCCGGGUUACGAGAGUUACGCGAAACGAGUUCUUCGUUGCGGGCUGUAAACGAGGCCUUUUAUAUUUAAACAUUACUGUUCCGUUCGAUUCCAUAAUACGGCGAAUCGAAGAUACAAGGAAAAAUUGGAUUCAGUAGUCCGAGGACGCAAGUGAUUCACCAAGACACGGAAACGCGGGUGUUUGGGUUGUCUUCGGCCCAGCACAGCCAUGCCUGCCGGACCGGUGCAGAUCGUGCAGCCGGAAACCAACAAUAAGGUCGAUGAAGCGAAAGAGGAAUCGCCGGCUUCCAAGCCCAUCGUGGGCAUCAUCUACCCCCCUCCGGAGGUCCGGAACAUCGUCGAUAAGACAGCCAGCUUUGUAGCCAGAAACGGACCAGAGUUUGAGGCGAGGAUUCGGCAGAACGAGAUCAACAACCCCAAGUUCAACUUCCUGAACCCCAACGACCCCUACCAUGCCUACUACCGGCACAAGGUCAACGAGUUCAAGGAGGGGAAGGCGCAGGAGCCCUCGGCCGCCGUGCCCAAGGUCAUGCAGCAGCAGGCCCUGCAGCAGGCGCCCCAGCAGCAGCUCCCGCAGAAGGUGCAAGCGCAGGUGAUCCAAGAAACCGUGGUGCCGAAGGAGCCUCCCCCCGAGUACGAGUUCAUCGCCGACCCCCCCUCCAUCUCGGCCUUUGACCUGGAUGUGGUGAAGCUCACGGCGCAGUUUGUUGCGCGCAACGGGCGGCAGUUCCUCACCCAGCUCAUGCAGAAGGAGCAGCGCAACUACCAGUUCGACUUCCUGCGGCCCCAGCACAGCCUCUUCAACUACUUCACCAAGCUGGUGGAGCAGUACACCAAGAUCCUUAUCCCUCCCAAAGGGCUGCUGCAGAAGUUGAAGAGAGAGGCUGAGAAUCCCAAGGAGGUGCUGGACCAGGUGAGGUACCGGGUGGAGUGGGCCAAGUAUCAGGAGCGCGAGAGGAAGAAGGAGGAGGAGGAGCGGGAGAAGGAGAGGGUGGCCUACGCGCAGAUUGACUGGCACGACUUUGUGGUGGUGGAGACUGUUGACUUCCAGCCCAAUGAACAAGGUCACUUCCCCCCUCCCACCACUCCGGAGGAGCUGGGGGCGCGAAUCCUGAUCCAGGAGCGCUACGAGAAGUUCGGGGAGAGCGAGGAGGUGGAGAUGGAGGUGGAGUCUGAGGAUGAGGAGGAUGAGGCCCAAGACCGAAACGAGGCGCCACCAACUCAGCUGGAUCAGGACACACAGCUGCAGGACAUGGACGAGGGGUCUGAUGAUGAUGACGACCAUCUGAAAGUCCCGCCACCCCCUGACAACCCCGUGCCCCCCCCACUUCCCCCUACUCCUGACCAGGUCAUCAUCCGCAAGGACUAUGACCCCAAAGCUUCCAAGACCCAGCCGCCAGCUCCGGCCUCGGACGAGUACCUCAUCUCGCCCAUCACCGGGGAGAAGAUCCCCGCCAGCAAGAUGCAGGAGCACAUGCGCAUCGGGCUGCUGGACCCCCGCUGGCUGGAGCAGCGGGACCGCAGCAUCCGGGAGCGGCAGAUCGAGGACGAGGUGUACGCCCCCGGGCUGGACAUCGAGAGCAGCCUGAAGCAGCUGGCGGAGCGCCGUACCGACAUCUUCGGUGUGGAGGAGACGGCCAUCGGCAAGAAGAUCGGGGAGGAGGAGAUCCAGAAACCGGAGGAGAAGGUGACAUGGGACGGACACUCGGGCAGCAUGGCACGCACGCAGCAGGCAGCCCAGGCCAAUAUCACUCUGCAGGAGCAAAUCGAGGCCAUCCAUAAAGCCAAGGGACUGGUCCCGGAAGAUGACAGCAAAGAGAAGAUUGGGCCCAGCAAGCCCAGCGAGAUGCCGCAGCCCCCCAUCCCUUCAUCUGCCCCCAACAUCCCAAACCCUGCUCCCCCUGUCACAUCUGUACCUCGGCCCCCUGCGAUGCCCCCGCCGGUUCGCGCGGCUCUGGUGUCGGCCGUGCCGGUGCUGCCGCGGCCCCCCAUGGCGCCCGUGGUCAGGCUGGCCCCCAGCCAGGUGCUCGCCCCCAUGCCUCCCAUGAUCCACACGCCCCGCAUCAACGUGGUGCCCAUGCCUCCCUCGGGGCCGCACCUCAUGGCCCCCCGGCCGCCCCACAUGGUGGUCCCUACAGCCUUUGUCCCUGCCCCUCCUGUGCCACAGCCCCCGAGCGCUGCGCCCACGCCCAUGCCCCCUUCUCACCCACCCCCGCCCCUCGACGACGAGCCCGCCAGCAAGAAGAUGAAGACCGAGGACAGCCUGAUCCCCGAGGAAGAAUUCUUGCGCAGGAACAAGGGUCCAGUCGCAGUGAAGGUGCAGGUGCCCAACAUGCAGGACAAGACAGAAUGGAAGCUCAGUGGCCAGGUCCUCAACUUCACUCUCCCACUGACCGACCAGGUGUCCGUGAUAAAGGUUAAAAUCCACGAAGCUACAGGAAUGCCAGCUGGUAAACAGAAGCUGCAGUAUGAGGGCAUUUUCAUCAAAGACUCCAACUCUUUGGCUUACUACAAUAUGAAUAACGGCUCUGUCAUCCAUCUGGCUCUGAAGGAGAGGGGUGGCAGGAAAAAGUGAGCCUGGAAUAUUGGAUUUAUGGGAUUCAACAGCUUUCCAUAGACACCGGUGCUGUUUCCUUUCUGUAGGUUAACUUACUAAGUGUGUCAGGGUGAAGACGCAGAGUGGUGUCCAUGAGAUCACAUCUCCAAAGAUGCAGAAAAGCAGCCACUACAGAAGACAAGAUUUUGAUGUUAAUUUUUGUUUAUCUCCUUGGUGUAGUAAUAGUUUUUUCAAUCCUGUUUUAAAAUCUCCUGCUUUAUGUACCGUAUUUUACAUUAAUCUGUUUAUGCUAUAUUAGGUAGAAUGGGAUUAUUCUUAACACAGAUAAGAAAAAAUACAAUUUAUGAUAAAUAUAAUACUGUUUAGUUAUUACAUUUACAUGGUUAUUUUAGCUUCAAAUUCAACUUGAAAGCUAUUAAAAGAACUUUCAGAAUGUAUCACGUUUGUACUUUCCUUGAGUAGAUUAGUGUUCUGUCUAAAAGUGUGAAUAAAAGUCUCCUCAUUUUCACGUA